AUCCAACAUGCAGCAGCUCUUGGUUCUGAUCUCGGUUCUUGUUGUGGCAGUGGACGCCGUCCCAGAGGGUUAUAACUUGCCGUUACCCGCUGGUCAACAACUUCCUCGAGGUCGCUGCAAGAACGGUGAAGUGCUGAAUGUGGACGGCACGUGCGCCAUUCCCAAAGUUACCCAGAACCUGUUUGUGUUCACCGCCCCACAGCAACAACAAACCUUUGGACCUCCACCUCAGAUUCCUCCGCCUACGAUAGAACACAACAUCUUGUUCAUCCGCGCCCCUGAACAGAGUCUGGGUCCAGAGCCCAUCAUUGUGCCGCCUCCUAGACAGCAGAACAUCGUCUACGUCCUAAAUAAAAAGGCAACCGAGGCUCAGCGAGUUAUUGAGGUUCCAGCGCAGCCGGCUAGGAGCCCAGAGGUGUUCUUUAUCAACUAUAACGAGGGAGAAAACCCGACCUUACCAGGUGGUAUUGACUUCCAGACUGCUCUCACUUGCAGUCCAAGCCAAGGGUCGCUCUUGUUGGUGGCUGAGGACUUGCUGGAGGCGAAGGCGUGCUGCUGGUAA